AUGGGACAGGGCUUGUCACAGUCAGUUCAGUGCUGCCAACAAGAGCAGUUGAAAAGGUGCGAUGGUGAACUGCGAACUGGUUCUCCACACUUCCACGUCUGCGAUGUGGACAAGGACGAAUGCUUGCAAGAGCGGGUCUAUGUGGCCAGUUGGACUGAAAGUCAGUCGGCCCAUUUGGUCAUUGACGACCGGGGAGAUGAGCCCAGGCCACGUGAGGCACUGCACAUGCAGACCUUGAGCUACUCGCCGGUCAGGUACGAAGAGUGUGACACGAUUGACACUGCUCGUUCGCAAGAUCGCUAUUCAAAUGCCUUGGUCCACACUGCCAGAAUGAACACCAGACGGCAGCUUCUUGACAGACAGGCCUGGUUGAGUUCUGCAGUUCAAGGCAGAUAUGCCAUGUUACUCCUGAGCUCCCCCGAGGCACACGGGGCUCCGAUCUGGCGUGUUCCAACAAAGUAUUAUUUGGACCACAAUCAUUCAUCGUUGUCCUUUUUUCCUGGUGGGGCCGAUGGAACCGAUCUUUCCAUCAUGAUGGAUGCGAUUCUGGGCAUCUGCUCUCUUAGCGACAGCAUGAUGCUCAUCGCGCAGUGGGAGUCGCAUUUGACCGACAUGGAAAAGAACUGCGGAGUAUUACUCAAGUACCGCAGCAACGAUGCAAAAGCUUCAGGCUGCGAAGUCUGCUUCCUGGAAGAGUCGGAGGCAGCGAAGGACAUGUUCAUUCACAUCCUGACCGUGUUGUGGUUGGAAAAGCCUCAACCGCACUCCGCCUGGCUGGAGCUUCAGAUCUUCAGCGACGCUCGGAGGUGUCAACAACGGACAGUGCUGCCGAUGCUCGCUGUUUUCGUGAUGCUGAUCGAGUUCCUCUCCACCAUUGGAGACCUUCGACCGUCUUUCACGAUGUCGAUGGGUGCUUCACGAAGGGGUGCUCCCCGGAAGAAGCUGACAUAUGAUAAGCCAGGCUUGACUGAGGAUGAGAUCGAUGAGAUCAAAGAAGCCUUUAACCUCUUUGACACCGAUGGUUCGGGAACCAUAGACCCGGGCGAGCUCAAAGCAGCUAUGAGAUCGCUGGGAUUUGAGACCAAGAACCCAACCAUCUUUCAGAUGAUCGCCGACCUGGAUCAAGAUGGAACAGCCAUCGGAUUCGACGAUUUCUUGGAUGCCAUCACAGCAAAGCUGGGCGAUAAGGAGACGCGCGAUGGCAUACACAAAAUCUUUAAUCUGUUCGACGAUGACAAAACUGGGACGAUCACCCUGAAGAACCUCAAGCGAGUUUCCAAAGAGCUAGGCGAAACCAUGACAGAAGAGGAGCUCCGAGAAAUGAUUGAAAGAGCUGACACGGAUGGAGAUGGUGCCAUAACCCCUGAGGACUUCUACAACAUCAUGACGAAGAAGACCUUUCCAUAG